AUGUCGGCCGAGGGUCUUAAUGCGACCAUGAUACGAGACCCUACCAACGCAGAGAUCGCCGAGUUCCUUGCCAAUCGCAGCGGUGCUCAAAUGCUGCAGCUGAUGCGCUACUACAUCGACAUUCCCGCCUUCAAGUCAUGGCCUAUGAAGAAGCUAUCCAAUUUGCUUGGAAUCUUGUGGGAGUCAGACCCAAACAAGCCACUCUGGUCGUUGCUGGCAAAGGCUUGGUCCAUGCUCCGUGAUCAGCUCACCAAAGAGGUGGCUCCGCUGGAUGAAUUCUUCGGUAUCGUGUGCACUGAGCUCGGCGUGCCCCAUCCCGACUGGUACCUCGAGGCCAAUGGAUGGAUACUGUCUCAUGACCAAGAUGGUAACCCAACGCUCUCGCGCGAGGCUGGUAUCGAACCAACGGUUGCCACUGCUGCAGACAAGGCGCUCUCGGUUGAAGACAUCAUCCGCGUUGCUCAAGGCAAACUAUUCGCCAUGACCUACAAGCACUGCUUAAACGGUUCAUCGACCUUCCUUGCUGAGCGCAUGGCUCCACACAACACAUCUCAGGAUGACAGAACUCCUGCUGAGCUUCUUGCUUUCGAGGCAGCGCUUCAGGCUGAGAUUCACAACAUUCACGAGUACAUGAUCACACAUCAGAAUGGGCCUGUUCAUGAGACGUCUAAUCACUCUGCAACUCUUCCGAAUGGCGAGCACAAUCCGCUUUACAAUCAAAUCAUGGUUUCCCUCGCUGAAGCAGCUUCCGAUGCCGAUGCCGAUGCCGGUGCUCCAGCUGCCAAUGUCGGUGCUCCCGCCGCUGCAGUGAUUCCUGCUUUCAAUGCCGGUGCUCCCGUUGCGAUCGCUGCAGGAAUACCUGAUUUUGAUAACAGUGUUCCUGCUGCUGUUGCUGAAGGAAUGUCCGAUUUCAAUGACGGUGCUCCCGCGUUUGGUAUGGAAACUGGAUUCACCGCUCCCUCUACCCCCUUCUCCAUGGGCGAGGCCUUCCACCAGUCCACUUUUGGCAAUGCCGUCCCUUAUGAAAACGACGCUUUCCGUGUUGGUGCCGACGAGGAUGCCACUUUGCCUACUUUCGAUGGCGCUAACAACGCCUAA